UAAAUUCGCAAGAUUCGCUCGAUACAAUGCAUUACUCAGCUCUUUUAUUAUUUUUCCUUCCGUUCCUACGUGUGAGAUAUUAACCUAGUCCUACAAGGUCGUGGAAACGAGUUGAUAUCGAUAGACAAAAAGUCUGCAUGCCUCAUCUGUGUCAUCGUAGUCGACAGGCCGGUGCAGUGGUAAACAAGUUGCAAAAUAGCACAAAGCGGUUAGGUGACAUUAACAAGCCACAGUAAUGGACGACAUUAAAAUCGACACCGUUGAGAUGCACACGGGAGGCGAGCCGCUGAGAAUAGUCACCGCGGGACUUCCGGUACUGCAUGGCGAAACACUGCUAGAAAAAAGGCGUUAUUUGCGAGAUAACCUGGACCACAUACGCAAGUUUCUUAUUUUCGAACCACGAGGACAUUACGACAUGUAUGGGGUGUACAUAGUUGAGCCUGACAUGAAGGAUGCCGAUUUCGGGUGCAUAUUUUUCCACAAUGAGGGCUAUUCGACCAUGUGCGGCCACGCCGUAAUUGCGCUGGGUCGGUACGCGGUUGACCGCGGCUUGGUGCAGAAGGCUACGGCACCGGAAACGCGCGUUGUUAUGCAGUGUCCGUGCGGUCUCGUGGAGGCCUUUGUAGAGUAUGACGGCGAGAAGACCGGUAGUGUUCGAUUCAACAGCGUCCCGGCGUUUUUGUUUCAGAAAGACGUGGAAGUCGAUGUAGCGGGACGUGGGAACAUCCUGGUGGACGUCGGCUACGGGGGAGCCUUUUACGCGCUUCUUCCGGUGGACAGACUCGGCCUGAGCCUUGCUAAGUCGUCUGUACAAGAGUUGAAGCAAGCAGCUGGUCUCAUUACCGAGACGUUGAAACCUAGCCUACAGCUACGUCACCCCGACAACGCGGAUCUGGCGUUCCUUUACGGUACCAUAUUGACGGACGGAAAUGACGCUGGCAAUUCACCCGAAUCGGCGAACAUGUGCGUGUUUGCUGAUAAAGAGGUCGAUAGAAGCCCAUGUGGGUCCGGAGUGACGGCACGAAUCGCCCAGCAUUUCCAAAGAGGUUUGGUGCAGCUGAACGAAACGCGGGUUUUCCGCGGACCGACUGGAUCAAAGUUUAAGGCCAAGGCAGUGAAACAGGUCACGUGCGGGUCACAUGACGCGGUUAUUGUGGAGGUUUCGGGUCAAGGUCACUAUUCGGGCACGUGCAGUUUUACUUUAGAAGCAGACGACAGCAUUGGGAAGGGAUUUCUGUUAAAAUAAUGAUCCAGAACUUCCAAAGAAAAAUACCUUAUAUUUAAACAUAGCAUCUUAGCAUCACAUACUCGUGUUUAGUCAGAAAAAUCGUGAAGGGAUGUUUGGCAAAAAAAUUAGUUAGGAACUCUUAUAAUUGUUCAGAUCGAAGUAUACUCAAGUGUGCAUGUAUAAUUUUUGCUUUACACUUUUGCUUAAAUAUAUACAAGGAUGCAUGA